UUUGGAACGUGGUGUAAUUGAUGCUAAAGACACCCAAUUUCUUCAUCGCCAUAUUGGUCGCUAGGAAACAGCAGUGCCUCUCGCGAGCACAUAAAACGAGGAUUAUUAGAUAAUCUCGCGAGAACUCGAUAGGGUUACAAUCGGCAGGGGCAAAUAUCGAAGUAUCGCGAGAUUCCCUCAUCUUCAUCGGCGUGGCCUUGUGUGGUGUGCUUCAUGGCGGUGGCAGUGACUGCGGGAGGCGAGGCUCUGAUGAUGGAGAAUGGACAGAGCACGGCCUCGAAGCUCGGCCUGCCACCUCUCACCCCCGAGCAGCAGGAGGCGCUGCAAAAGGCAAAGAAGUACGCAAUGGAGCAGAGUAUAAAGAGCGUGCUGGUCAAGCAAACCAUUGCCCACCAUCAGCAGCAGCUCACCAGCCUGCAGAUGGCAUCUCUGACGAUGGGCUUCGGAGACGCACUCUCGCCUUUGCAGUCGGUGGCGGCUCAGCGCCAGCGCGCCCUCGCCAUCAUGUGCAGAGUCUAUGUGGGCUCCAUCUACUACGAGCUGGGGGAGGACACCAUUCGGCAGGCCUUUGCCCCCUUUGGCCCCAUCAAAAGUAUCGACAUGUCCUGGGACUCUGUUACUAUGAAGCACAAGGGCUUUGCCUUUGUGGAGUAUGAGGUUCCUGAGGCAGCACAGCUGGCCCUGGAGCAGAUGAACUCUGUGAUGCUGGGUGGAAGGAACAUCAAGGUAGGGCGGCCCAGCAACAUCGGUCAGGCACAGCCCAUCAUCGACCAGCUGGCGGAGGAAGCCCGUGCCUUCAACCGCAUCUAUGUGGCGUCCGUCCAUCCCGACCUCUCGGACGAGGACAUCAAGAGUGUCUUUGAGGCUUUUGGCCGCAUCAAGUCCUGCACGCUGGCGAGAGACCCAACCACGGGCAAACACAAGAGCUAUGGCUUCAUUGAGUACGACAAGGCGCAGUCGGCUCAGGAUGCCGUGUCCUCCAUGAACCUCUUUGAUCUGGGGGGGCAAUAUCUGCGAGUGGGGAAGGCUGUGACCCCGCCGAUGCCCCUUCUGACCCCUGCCACGCCUGGGGGCCUACCGCCUGCUGCCGCUGUGGCUGCUGCUGCUGCUACUGCCAAAAUCACUGCCCAGGAAGCUGUAGCUGGGGCCUCUGUGCUGGGAGCUCUGGCUGCACCUGCACUCACCCUUAGUCAACAGCUGGGGGCGCUGCCACAGGCUGUCAUGGCCUCCCAGGCACCCGGCGUCAUCACAGGGGUGACUCCAGCAAGACCUGCCCUCCCUGUGCUGCCCCAGGUCGGGCUGGUUAACCCAGUGCUAGCCUCCCCACCAGUGCUCUCUGCCGUGGUGGUGGCGGCAGCAGUCCAGGAGGCCAAAAAAGAGAAGGAGGAGGAGGAGGCAUCUCAGGAUGGGACUGGACAGGAGAUGCUGAGUGAGCAGGAACACAUGAGCAUUUCGGGCAGCAGUGCCAGGCACAUGGUCAUGCAGAAGCUUCUGAGGAAACAAGAGUCGACGGUCAUGGUGCUGCGGAACAUGGUGGGCCCAGAGGAUAUCGACGACGACCUUGAGGGCGAGGUGACGGAAGAAUGCGGCAAGUUCGGCGCCGUCAAUCGCGUCAUCAUCUAUCAGGAGAAACAGGGCGAGGAGGAUGACGCAGAGGUCAUCGUCAAGAUCUUUGUGGAGUUUUCCAUGGCUUCCGAGAUGAACAAGGCCAUCCAGGCCCUGAAUAACCGCUGGUUUGGUGGCCGGAAGGUCAUCGCAGAGGUGUACGAUCAGGAACGCUUCGACAACAGUGACCUGUCCGCAUAGACUGUACCUUCUCGCCACCUUUCUCACAAAUGCCAGCACUGCUUCUGCUAAUGUUGGCAUCUUUUUAACUUGUAAUUAUUUUUUUAUUGAUGUUGAUAUUAAUAUUAUUAAUGAUCCCUUUUAGGGAUAACAUGGAGGAAAGAAGUAGUCAUGGUUUUUCUGUCAUCUACUGUGAAGGACUGGAUAUUAGGUUUUGUAUUUCGUUUUCUCAGUUUGCAAUAGUCAUUUGUUUUCCCUUUUUACCCCCCCCCCCACCCAC